AAAGGGAAAAAAAGGCAAAUUCCCCUGGAUGCUGCUGCUAUGCCAUAAUGGUCUCGGCAGAAAUCCCCCCAAAAAAAACCAAAAACCAAAAAACACGAAGAGGAGGGAAAUGUUUGUUUCGUCGUUUCGUCAUGCGAGCGGUCAUCGCAUUGUGUUCCUUCCUGCUUUGAUUUACAUGUAUGGACAACCAGUGUAAUCUUCGCAGCAAAGUGUGUGGGAUUCUGUUGGCCUGAGAGGAUCAUCCCGAGGUUGGGGCGGGAACUACUACUUUUCAGGUAUGUAUGUGUAUGUAAAUGUAUACAUGUAUAUGUGUGGAAAGGGUCUGGCAUCGCAUCGUCUCCGCGUGAAGAUCAUUCCUCUUUCUGCGGACCAUGCUAUGCUAUGUUAUGCUGUGUGCAUGUGUGGGGAUGUGAUGAUGGUGGACUCACGACGGGCAGGGCGGUCGUUGAUCGUGACGUCUCCGGCUAUCAAUCGAUCAAUCAAUCAAUUGGAAAGACCGAAAAGAAGGGCCACCAUACAUCCGCCGUUUCUCUCCCUCCUCUGUCUGGGACACUUCCCCAUGCACCACCUCGGAAAAGAUUUCCCAGGCCCGCCCGCUUGCUUGUCCUCCGCGGGACUCGACUCAGCCUUGCAGCUGCAUACAUAUCCUGUGACGGCGACGGUCAUUGGAAACUGUUCCAGUCCGGGGCAAGCCGUUUGCUGUAUCCCACGGGGUUCCAUCCAUUGGGCCGUAUUGAUGAGCAUUUCAACAGUGAUAGUGGGAUCAUGAUAUCCAUAAUGGAUAGGUGUCUCGCCCGCUGCAUGCACGCUGCUCUCCAUCGGGAAAGAAAGAACCAGCCCGAACAGAGAGAGACCCAUUGCGGCUCGGGUAUGUUGUAUUGCAAACAGGAGCCCACCCAUCGUUGUGAUCGUUAUUACUAUGGAAUUGUAUUCUACCUUUGUUGCGGGAGGAUGACGUGGUCUCUUCCUUCACAGAGUUCGUCAUCGUCAUCUUUGCAAAUUUACACAAUUCUUCCGGCGUAUUUCCAUCAUCAUCGUCAAAGCAGGCAGAAAACGGGCGCAGGGAUAAACAAAUAGAGUUUCCUCUGCAGAACAGCCGAUACCUGCCAAGCAUCAGCAUAGACCCCUCGUAAAGGAAUCCGAGCUGGCGAGAGAGAGAGAGAGAGGCAGGGCCCGAUGUCUCGUCCAUGCGGCGAACCCUCCCGAGACAGCGUCUCCCUCGUCGC